AUGGAAGCCUCACUCCACCCCCUUUCAGGGUUAUACCAGCCGAACCAGCUGAAAGGCCUGUACUACGGGCCGGACGUGGUCAAGAAACACAUUCUCUCAGUUCUGCCCAACGCCGAGUCCAAAGCAUUCAUCGUGACAGGCCGGUCUUUAGCGACAAAAACCAAGCUGAUCAAAGACCUCGAGGAUCUGCUAAGCGCGAAACACCACGCCGGAACCUUCAGCGGGAUCAAAGAACACGCGCCCGUCGCGCAGCUCGACGAAGCAACCACCCAGGUACAAAAGGACGAGACGAUCGACACGAUCAUCAGCGUCGGCGGCGGGAGUCCAAUCGACAGCGCCAAAGCGAUCAUCUACCGCGUCCACGAACAGACCGGCAGUGGCAACACAGAAGGAAAAUGGCUCCGGCACAUCGCCAUCCCCACGACGCUCUCUGCCGCCGAAUGUACCGCGCUGGCAGGCUACACGCAACCCAAUGGGGUCAAGACCGGCCUGGCCCAUCCGAACAUCUACCCGGCCUACAUCUUCUACGACCCGGUGUUUGGACUGCACACGCCGCCCGGACUGUUCCUGUCCACGGGCAUCAGAGCCCUCGACCACGCCGUCGAAUCGCAGUACCACGCCACCGCGACGUGGGUGCCCACCAAGCUCGUCGCGCUCAACGCCAUUGCCGAGCUGUUCCGUCUCUUGCCCAAAUACAAAGCCGAUCCGACCGACCAGGACGUCAUCACUGGCUUGUUUCUCGCCGCGUACGCCAGUCUCGGCUUCUUCGGCCAGAACCUCAAGGGCGGCCUGGGCUUGUCGCAUAGCUUGGGCUACGCGUUGGGCAGCCCCUAUGGAAUCCCGCAUGGCAUCACGUCCUGCCUGACGCUGGGUCAUGUGGUCAAGCUCAAGGCGCGGCAGGAUAAGAAGAAUGCCGAUGCGGUCGCCGCCAUCUUGCCGUACAUUGGCGAGUCGAGGUCCGGGGAUGAUCUCAAGGAUAGUGAUCUUGUGGGUGACAAGAUCUUGGGGCUUGUCAACGACCUGGGUCUCAAGACGACUCUAACUGAAAAGGGCGUCGGGAGGGAUCAGAUCGAUAUCAUUUGCUCGAGGGCUACGGGUGGAUUGGUCCCGAGUAGGAUCGAGAGUAAGCAGGAUGACGAGGCUUGGAAGGCGGUCAAGGCCUUGGUCGAGGGAUUGUAUUGA